AGUGUACAUAAAAGACACUACAGGGACAGAGAGGUAGAUGACAAGACCAGAGCACAGUUACCAUGAGGGUCGUCAGCCUUGGUCCCGAUCCAUCUCUGGUUUAUCGGCCCAAUUUGGAGGAGAAGAAAAAAGAAGAGUACAGAAACUAUGAGAAUGGAAACUUGAUUGAUCGGGUUUUUAAGACAUACAAACUGAUGCACACCAACCAGACCCUGAAGUUUGUUCAGCAGAAGCAUGCAGAGUGGACCACCUUUACCCACAGUGAGAUGGGGAUGAUGGAGGCCAUCAUGUCUCUGGAUCAGCUUGUGGACGAGUCUGAUCCAGAUGUGGACUUCCCCAACUCCUACCAUGCCUUCCAGACUGCCGAGGGAAUCCGCAAAGUGCACCCUGACAAAGACUGGUUCCAGCUGGUUGGCCUCAUCCAUGACGUGGGCAAGAUCAUGGCUUUGUGGGAUGAGCCCCAGUGGGCAGUGGUUGGAGAUACCUUCCCUGUCGGCUGCAAGUUUCAAAGAAAUAUUGUUUUUCAAGACACUUCUUUUAAAGACAAUCCAGAUGAGAUGAACCAAGAGUACAACACUGAAUAUGGCAUCUAUGAGCCCAACUGUGGCCUGGACAAAGUGUUCAUGUCCUGGGGCCAUGAUGAUUAUCUUUACCGGGUUUUGAAGUUCAACAACUGCUCCAUCCCUGAAGUAGGCUUGUACAUGAUCCGUUUCCAUUCCUUCUACCCGUGGCACUCUCACGGAGACUACUUUCAUCUGUGCAACGAGAAGGACCUGGAGAUGCUGCCCUGGGUCAAAGAAUUCAACAAAUUUGACCUGUACACCAAGACCACUGCCCUGCCCGAUGUAGAGAUGCUGAAAGCGUAUUACCAGUCACUCAUCAACAAGUACUGCCCUGGAAUACUGAAGUGGUGAAAUACAUAAAUAUAUAAAACAUUUUGAUCUUAUUCUAACGCCAAGUUAACAAUAUUGUAUUUAACCUUUUUCAAUGAUCAAAAACACAAUGUGACAAAUUGCACAAAAUAUAAAAGCAACUUUUAUUCAUCAUGUAAUAAAUUGUUUUUUUAC